CACUCAUUAUCGUGGUGUUCCUUUUUGAAAAAUGCGCAAACGACUUCAAGUACUGCUCCAAUACAAAGUCCAUGCGUGACGUGUUUAUUUCCGGGAUUUCUUGGACACACCAACUCGCAAGAAAAUCUGCCUAAUACAGAGGAGGCAUUGGAAUCUGUGUCCAAUGUCAUAAAUAAUCUUAACAUAUCUGGAAAUACAGAUUUGAAUAAUCUUAAUGAUACUGUGAUACAUGCUAUUGAUGGAGGCAAGAAUUUUUUCAAGCAAAAAUGUGAUAAAAAUGGAGGACCUAAUGCAUACGACAAUGCCCAAACUGCUACAAAGAAGUGGAUAGAGUGCCUUAAUUCAUUUGUUAAUAGGUCAAAAUUGGAAGCAGAAAUGGAAAAAUAUAAACCUACUGGAGAUUUGGAUAUAGUGUUCAAAAAAUACUGCCAAAAAACACCUGUUCUUAAAAAAUGCAUCAGUAACCUUACAGAUGCUAUAGAACCUUGUUUAGAACCAGAAGAACGUAAAAAUAAGAAAGUUGUCCAAAAUAUUACUGAUUCUCUGUUAAAUUUUGUCUGUUACAAAGAAGGAGAUCGUAUUGCUUUAUUUAUAUCUGCUGAUGGCCCACAAUGUUUAGAAUCAAAGCAACCAGAAAUUCAACAGUGCUUAAGUACUAUUUUUGGAAGUUACAUGCCUGCGGGUGAACUUAACAACGAAUCUUUUCAAGGAUUGAAUAAUCUUCCACCCUUAGUCCUUGGAACCAAGGAAUGCGAAGAUAUUACCAAGCUUCAAACCUGUGUGGUAAAGGAACUGGAAAAGUGUUCAGAUCCAACACCUGCAAACAUCGUAGAUUCUAUAUUCAAGUAUAUUCUAAAAGUAACGCCGUGCCAAGGUUUAGCAUCUUUUCGCAGUGCUGCUUCUACCUCUACAAUCAGUUUGCUGGUAAUAACAGCUACAGUAUUUUCAAUAUUAAGAUUCGCAUGAAGUAAAUCUGAAUAAGUCUUUCUAUGUACUACAAAGAGUACAACAUUGAAACAUAAUUUUUUUAAUUGACCAUAAUUUGGAAUGUAAUUUAUUUAAUGUUUGAACAAAAAAUAUUGUGCAAUAUGAUAUUUAAUACAAUGUGUCAUUUAAGUAUCUAAGAAAGUUACAUAGAAAGUAAAGUAACAUAAGCAAAUUGUAAAGAAUAAGUUUGCCGUUAUUUCUAAUUUCUAUUGUAUUAAUGAAGUUAAAUAUAAUUAUUACAUAUAAACUUAUUAUAUUCCAUCGAUUCAGGUGCUUCAGAAUGGACUGAUAUUUUGUAAAUGUCUGUCUGAACAUGUAAACUAUGGCUAAUUGUAAAUUAUAAUUGUAGCAAAACCUACAUCUUGCUUUACUUUUGCUACAUUUAAAAUGUAUGUAUUAAAUUUUGUACUAUAGCAAAACAACUGAAUGAAUUAAUACAAAUUUGUAAUAUAAAUAUUAAUUAUAUGCAUUAAUACAACUCAGGGUUGUAUUCAUCAUUCACUUUUAAUUUGUUACAUUAUAAGUGUAUGGUAUAUUAUGAACAUUUUGUAUACAAGUUCAUUCGCCCAUUAUAUGUAAUUUUACAUUACAGUCACAAUGAUAAUGCACCAUUGUGAAAAAAGAUGUUAAGCAUUAAUAUUUAUAUUUUUUAAUAUUGUUUUUGUAUUUUAAAAAUACAAAAUAAUACAUAAUUGCUACAAAAAUUGUGCCUCAUUCCUUUAAUAUUUGUAUCUACUUACUUACUCUGUUAUAUAUGUAUUAUACAACCUUCAAAACUUUACAUCAAAAAUCUUUUAGUCUUUACUUCGAUAAAAUAAAUAACAAUUAUUUUUAA